CUGCUCAGAUCAAGACCAUGGUUAGCCAGCUGGGAACCAGCCAGGACACCAGUGAACUUCAAGAUCGUCUGCAGCAGAUACAGCACUAUACUAAUCAACUUGCAAAAGAAACCAACAAGCACCUGAAGGAGCUGGGCUCAAUCCCUUUGCCUUCAUCCCCCUCAGAGCAGAGGCAACAGAAGAUCCAGAGGGACCGGCUCAUGAAUGAUUUCUCUGCAGCUCUCAACAACUUCCAGGCGGUCCAGCGGCAUGCUGCAGAGAAAGAGAGGGAGUCCAUAGCCAGGGCUAGAGCUGGCUCUCGUCUUUCAAAUGAAGACAGUUUUCGAGAUGAGAAGCUCGUGUCUUUUGACAACCAAGAAGACUUCGAUCAGAUGACGACUCAGACAGAGGAUGUCGGCAUCACAGAGGAGGACCUCGAGCUAAUCAAAGAGAGAGAGACCAACAUCAGACAGCUGGAGUCUGACAUCAUGGAUGUAAACCAGAUUUUUAAAGAUCUGGCCGUCAUGAUUCACGACCAGGGAGAGAUGAUUGACAGCAUCGAGGCAAAUGUGGAAAACGCUGAAGUUCACGUAGAGCGAGGGGCGGAGCAGCUGCAGCGAGCUGCACGUUACCAGCAAAAGUCCAGGAAGAAGAUGUGUAUCCUCGCCCUAGUCAUUUCCAUCGCGCUCGCCAUACUUAUCAUUAUUAUCUACCUGUCUUCUAAGUGAGCGGUUUUCAUCCAACCAACCGUUUCACCUGUUUUAUUUUAUUCUGCCCCGUCCCACCAGCAAGAACAAAACAAAAAUCUAAUCGCUUCAACAAAAUCUGUAAAGUUGAUCAUGUGUUUGUUCUGAAACGAGUCUGCUGAUGUGGAAAAAUGAUUAAAAACCUACAUUAACUUGAAGGAGGCUGAAGGACUGAGGUACUGUAAAGGAGCAAUUUGCUUUUUGAAAUUCCUGACAUUUCCUCAUUAAUUUCUCAUUUUCUGCACUAACACUAGUUGUCAUUGUAUUUCUAAUGUAAAUAUAUAUUCUUGUGAAUAACUUAAAAAUGUGCAACUUGUAAUAUGUGUUUCUUUUCUCAGUAUCUUGCGUUUUCUGAUGUAAAACUUCAGAGGACCUGCAGGUCCUACAGUAGUGUGGCAGUGGGUGGCGGUCUGUGUUAAAUGCUAAACAGAUGACAUAUAAAAGUACAUUUCAAGUCUGAAAACUCUUUAUGAACAUGUGGAUGUUGUAUGACAGAUUCUGAUGUGGAAGACUUGUCUUCAUAUAAAAUGUUUUAAGUUUAUUUCUAUGACUCCUGACAGUAUCUGCACAAUAAAUGUCUGAAGCACUCGC